GCGACAACGUCCACCAGUCGACCAUACUGCUCCUGGUUCUUGCAGCACUCGCAGCUCUCCAUCACUUGCAUCGUCCUUCUCACCUUGUGCGGGGUCCCUCCGCAUUUCAGCCUCCAACAUAUCCGCAUUCUCCUGCUUCGGACCUUCCUUCCUGGCUCUCAUGCAUCUAGUUGACCCGCUCAGCUCAUUACUCCUUCCAGCCUAGUCACCGGUAAAAUGUCUACAGGCUAUAUCGUUCAAGCAUGGGGAAAGCUCUUCUGAGGACAUGCUUGAGCCCAAUGAUAACAGCUAUGCUUCGGCUCUCGGUGUAAUGAUCUCCAUGCCAUCAGGUAAGAAGAAGUAUGUAACAUGAGACCAGUCUUCUCCCCCAGCUUCACUUGCCGAAGAUAGACGAAUUGGUCCUCUAAUGUCAGUCAUGGUCUUGCUACUCACUUUAGCCCUCAACCUAUCUGGCCUGGCUCUGGCGGACGUCUCUGUGACCGUCUCUGGCACAAACCCGUUCGCUCUCACGGUCAAGUCUGACCAGGGUAUUACCGUGACGAACAACGCAAUCCUGAGCGGAAGCACUAACGACACAGCCAGUGCGGUGUCUGCAUCCAGUGAUGGCACCGUCGCCAGUAGCGGAGGGAUUAUAGACUGGACCGUAGUUCAGCCAAACGUCGUCAAGGUCCAAUACAAUGCUACAGCCGCCUUCACCGGCGCCAGCUUCACUGCCAGCCCCAGUGACAAUUUCUACGGUGUCUGGGAAUACCCGUGGAACGACUCGCUGACCAAUAACGGUGUCGAGUUCGAUCUCAAAGGCGUCGGUAAUGCCCUGGGUAUCAAUUGGGACAACGCACGAGCACCGGCAUUCUACAGCAGUGCCGGCUUCGGGGUCUAUGCGGACACUCUGGACAUGGGCUCGUUCCAGUUCGACUCCGGCCAAGCUCAAUUCAUCUUCAACACCAGCAGCUUGACAUACUAUAUCAUUCUGGCGGCUAGCCCAGGCGACUACAAAUCCAUCAUCAAGACAUACACAGGCCUGUCUGCGCGGAUCACCAUGCCUCCAGACUCGGGUUACGGGCCGACUUUCUGGUCCGACAACUUUGAGCAGGAUUUCCAUGGCACCGUAUCAAACGCACAGGAAAAUUACUACGAUGUCAUUAACCAUUUGUACUACAAUCAGAUUCGAGCAACGUCCAUGUUCGCUGACCGUCCGUACGGCACGGGUAAUUACUCCUGGGGAAAUUUCGACUUCGACCCGAAAUAUUAUCCUACGCCUGAUCAAUUCAUUGCCAACCUCUCGACGUGGGGAUUCGACUUUCAAGUCUGGGUCGCCAAUCGCGCGUUCCUGGACACAGAGCUGUACAACGUCUCGGCGGCGAAUGGAUGGUUGUUUCCUGGAAUUAACCCAGAAUUCUUCCUCGGUCCAGCUUUGAACUUGAGCAUACCGGCUGCGUACGAGUACUUCCUGAAUAGGAUGUCUUAUUUUCCUUCCGUGGGUGUGAAGGGUUAUAAGAUCGAUCGUGGUGAGGAAGGCGAGAUGCCUGUUUACGAACAGAACAUCCAGAUGCAACUCUUUGAACAAAUCUGCGAAACCACCAUGGCCAACAAAUGGGGCAAAUCUGGCUUCUACAACUUCGCGCGCUCUGCCGUCGACCGAUCCCGUAGCCUGACGAACAUUUGGAAUGGCGACUCGCACGCCAACUUCACCGGCCUAAGGUAUAGCAUCGCCUCGGGUAUCCGGGCAAGCCUACUCGGCUUCUCGACCUGGUCAUCCGAUACAGGCGGGUACGUGCGCAAAAACGCUUUGGUAGCCGAUCAGCCGACGCCGGAGGUGUGGGCGCGCUGGAUGCACUUCUCGACGUAUUCGCCCGUGUACGAGAUCAUGGUCGGCACUAACCAUACCCCUUGGUACCCUCCGUACCCGUUGCGGCUGGUCGACGUGCUCAGACGGACUGCCAACGAGCAUCAUGCUUUGAUCCCGUAUAUCAGGAGCUUCACGUACCAAGCCAGCGUGACGGGCGUGCCGGUCAUGCGCGCUUUGUUCCUCGAGACUCCUGAGGAUAAGGGCGUGUAUGAUACGACGGACGCGUACUUUUUCGGGGAUUCCUUCUUCGUCGCGCCGAUCACGGGCGAGGGCGGAGCUCGGGAGGUGUAUUUCCCUGGGAAUGCGAGUGGCAGGGCUUACCUGGAGUACUACAACAAAACGGUCGUGCAGAAGGCGGGAAGCUCGGCGCAAGUGCAAUUGGAAUGGGAGGAGAGUCCCGUAUAUGUGCGUGAGGGAAGCAUUGUGGUCAGGGGCGACGUGUAUCAAGGGAACAACAAGUGGACCGAGAAUUGGAGUCCGAGUCUGACGAUUGAGGUGUACCCGAGUUAUAAUGGCGAGUACGCGAAGGCAUCGUUCCCGUAUUAUAAUGGCAAGGAGGUGGUGGAUGAUAUCAAUGUUUUUGCGGACGGAAAGGCGAAGACGGUGACGGUGCAGUGGAGUGGGGAUUUGGGUGUGCCCGGCACGCCGCAGGUCGUUGUCUAUGGAAAGGGCGGCGCGAAGAAUGGCACUGUCACUACCACUGCGAGUGGGAAGGGUGGGAAGGUCGUUGUUGAAGGGUUUGAAAGUAUCUUUGGCUGAGGCGGUACCGGACCGGACAGUUUCUUCCAAUGAUACACCUACAACCCCCAAAGGUGAGUUAUAUAGAGAGGUAUGAAAGAC